GCAUGAGCCCCGGCGGUGGCGCCAGCGGCAGGGAACGAGGCGGUGGCGGGCGGCGGCGGCGGACGAGGGCGACAAGGACCAUUGAAGCGGCCGCAGCUGCGAGGGCCGAAUCCCAGGCACGGGGGCGAGGACAGGUUAAAAAUCUCUUAAGAGCCUGAUUUUAGAAUUCACCAGCUCCUCAGAAGUUUGGCGAAAUAUGAAUUAUUAAGCCUACGUUCAGAGCAAGUUAGCAGCUAGACUCUUGUGACAACCGUUUUUAAUCAUUGACUCAAAGCUGUUAUCACCCUGAUGUCACCGAAUGGCCACAGCUUGUAAAAGGUAUGUACGAGUACCACAUGUGUACCUGAUCCCCACAGAGGCCAGAAAAAGACACCAGACCUGGGACUGGAGUUACAGAUGGUUGUGCGCAACUGUAUCACCAGGAGAACCCCAGUCUGAGGACGUUGAAGCUAGCCGAAUUGACUUGUUAUUUCCACUGUGGCUGGCAACUACGAUUCUACUUUUUGUCUGUGAGUUUGGUGCUUCUAACUACCUCAAGAAGCGAGCAGCUGCAAAGCAUCUAAUAGAGCGCUACUACCACCAGUUAACUGAGGGCUGUGGAAAUGAGGCCUGCACGAAUGAGUUUUGUGCUUCCUGCCCAACUUUCCUUCGUAUGGAUAACAAUGCAGCAGCUAUUAAGGCCCUUGAGCUUUAUAAAAUUAAUGCAAAACUCUGUGAUCCUCAUCCCUCCAAGAAAGGAGCAAGCUCAGCUUAUCUUGAGAACUCAAAAGGUGCACCUAACAACUCAGAGAUAAAAAUGAACAAGAAGGAAGGAAAAGACUCUAGAGAAGAUUUUAAAGAUGUGAAUUACCUAACUGAAGAGAUAGUAUAUGAAAUUCUUGAAUUAUGUGGACAGAGUGGGGAUUACUCUCCUUUAAUUCGCGUAAUUGGAAGAAUUUUUUCUAGUGCUGAGGCGUUGGUUCAGAGCUUUCGGAAAGUCAAACAACACACUAAGGAGGAAUUGAAAUCUCUUCAAGAAAAGGAUGAAGACAAGGAUGAAGAUGAAAAGGAAAAAGCUGCAUGUUCUGCUGCUGCUGCUGCUGCUGCUGCUGCUGCUACUGCUGCUGCUGCAGCUGCAGCUGCAGCUGCUGCUGCUGCUGCUGCUAUGGAAGAAGACUCGGAAGCGUCUUCUUCAAGGAUGGGUGAUAGCUCACAAGGAGACAACAAUGUACCAAAAUUAGGUCCUGAUGAAGUGACUGUGGAUAUUGAUGCUAUUAGAAGGGUCUACACCAGGUUGCUCGCUAAUGAAAACCUAGAAACUGCCAUUCUCAAUGCACUUGUAUAUCUGUCACCUAACGUGGAAUGUGACUUGACCUAUCAUAGUGUGUAUGCCCGAGAUCCUAAUUAUCUCAAUUUGUUCAUUAUUGUAAUGGAGAAUAAUAAUCUCCACAGUCCUGAAUAUCUGGAAAUGGCAUUGCCAUUAUUUUGCAAAGCUAUGUGUAAGCUACCCCUUGAAGCUCAAGGAAAACUGAUUAGACUUUGGUCUAAAUACAGUGCAGACCAGAUUCGAAGAAUGAUGGAAACAUUUCAGCAACUUAUUACUUACAAAGUCAUAAGCAAUGAAUUUAAUAGCCGAAAUCUAGUGAAUGAUGAUGAUUCCAUUGUUGCUGCUUCAAAGUGUUUGAAAAUGGUUUACUAUGCAAAUGUGGUGGGAGGGGAAGUGGACACAAAUCAUAAUGAGGAAGAUGAUGAAGAGCCCAUACCCGAGUCCAGCGAGUUGACACUUCAGGAUCUUUUGGGAGAUGAAAGAAGAAAUAAGAAAGGUCCUCGAGUGGAUCCACUAGAAACUGAACUUGGUGUUAAAACUCUAGAUUGUCGAAAACCACUUAUCUCCUUUGAAGAAUUCAUUAAUGAACCACUGAAUGAUGUUCUAGAAAUGGAUAAAGAUUAUACUUUUUUCAAAGUUGAAACAGAGAACAAAUUCUCUUUUAUGACAUGUCCCUUUAUAUUGAAUGCUGUCACAAAGAAUUUGGGAUUAUAUUAUGACAAUAGAAUUCGCAUGUACAGUGAACGAAGAAUUACUGUUCUCUACAGCCUAGUUCAAGGACAGCAGUUGAAUCCCUAUUUGAGACUCAAAGUCAGACGUGACCAUAUCAUAGAUGAUGCACUGGUCCGGCUAGAGAUGAUUGCUAUGGAAAAUCCUGCAGACUUGAAGAAGCAGUUGUAUGUAGAAUUUGAAGGAGAGCAGGGAGUAGAUGAAGGAGGUGUCUCCAAAGAAUUUUUUCAGUUGGUUGUAGAGGAAAUCUUUAAUCCAGAUAUUGGUAUGUUCACAUAUGACGAAGCUACAAAAUUAUUUUGGUUUAAUCCAUCUUCUUUUGAAACUGAGGGUCAGUUUACUCUGAUUGGCAUAGUCCUGGGUCUGGCUAUUUACAAUAACUGUAUACUGGAUGUCCAUUUUCCCAUGGUUGUCUACAGGAAGCUAAUGGGGAAAAAAGGAACUUUUCGUGACUUAGGAGAUUCUCAUCCUGUUUUAUAUCAGAGUUUAAAGGACUUACUGGAAUAUGAAGGGAAUGUGGAAGAUGAUAUGAUGAUAACUUUCCAGAUAUCACAAACAGAUCUUUUUGGUAACCCAAUGAUGUAUGAUCUAAAAGAAAAUGGUGAUAAAAUUCCAAUUACAAAUGAAAACAGGAAGGAAUUUGUCAAUCUUUAUUCAGACUAUAUUCUCAAUAAAUCAGUAGAAAAACAAUUCAAGGCAUUUCGCAGAGGUUUUCAUAUGGUGACUAAUGAAUCUCCCUUAAAGUACUUAUUCAGACCAGAAGAAAUUGAACUGCUUAUAUGUGGAAGCCGGAAUCUAGAUUUCCAGGCACUAGAAGAAACUACAGAAUAUGACGGUGGCUAUACCAGAGAAUCUGUUGUGAUUAGGGAGUUCUGGGAAACUGUUCAUUCAUUUACAGAUGAACAGAAAAGACUCUUCUUGCAGUUUACAACAGGCACAGACAGAGCACCUGUUGGAGGACUGGGUAAAUUGAAGAUGAUUAUAGCCAAAAAUGGCCCGGACUCAGAAAGGUUACCUACAUCUCAUACUUGCUUUAAUGUCCUUUUACUUCCGGAAUAUUCAAGCAAAGAAAAACUUAAAGAGAGAUUGUUGAAGGCCAUCACAUAUGCCAAGGGAUUUGGCAUGCUGUAAACAAACAAGCAAACGAAAGAAAAAGAAAAAAGUUUAAAAACUUAAUAAAUAUAAUAAGAGGGAUAAUUUGGUGGUGAUAGUGUCCCAGUAAAAAAAGGCUGUAAGAUAGUGAACCACAGUAGUCAUCUAUGUCUGUGCCUCCCUUCUUCAUUGGGGACAUUGUGGGCUGGAACAGCAGAUUUCAGCUACAUAUAUGAACAAAUCCUUAAUUAUUAUAAUUAUUUUUUUGCGUGAAAGUGUUACAUAUUCUUUCACUUGUAUGUACAGAGAGGUUUUUCUGAAUAUUUAUUUUAAGGGUUAAAUCACUUUUGCUUGUGUUUAUUACUGCUUAAGGUUGAGCCUUUUUGAAUAUUUAAAAUAUAUUUACCAACAAAACUACUCUCGCAAGGAAAACAUUGCCACCAUUUGUAGACCAUGUAAUCUUCAAGGAUGUGCUAUUUUUUUUAAUAGUCCCUGUAUUUAACUCAAAUCAGGAACUUUUUUUUUCUAACAAUUUGCUUUUGAAACUUGAAGUCUCGGAAACAGUGUGGUGCAAGUACUGCUGUUCUAGCCCCAAAGAAUUUUUCUGUACAAAAUUUUGAGAAUCAAUAAAGAUGGAAGGGAGAAUUUGGAAUGUUUGAACCACAGCCCUCAGAAUUUACUUUAGUAACAGCACAACAAAUUAAAACAACUCAUGCCACAGUAUAUUGUCUUCAUGUGUCUUGUAAUGAACUCUUUCAGUAGCCAAUCUUCUUAGUAUAUGAAAGGACAGGGAUUUUUUGUUGUUGUUGUUAUUGUUGAUGUUUUUGGUGUUUUAAGUUUACUGGGGAAAGUGCAUUUGGCCAAAUGAUAGGAUAGUCAAGCCUAUUGAAACAGAAUUAGAAAGUUUGUUGUAUAAAUAAGCAUGUAAAAGUGCACUUAAAAUGAAUCUUUAUUCUUACCUAGAUUUUAAAUAGACAAUCCAAAGUCUCCCCUUCUGUUGCCAUCAUCUUGUUUAAUCAACUAUUUUUCAAGGCACUUGAUCAGUGUUGCAGCAUAACAGAAAGGAUGGCUACUGUGCCUUGUGUUACUUAGUCAUACAGUAAACAGGCCUGGAAAUGAAUGGAAACUAGUUCUCCUGAGAAUUACAUUGUAUAUCUCCCAAAUUAAAUUUUACUUCAAAAGUAUUAAAGAUUACAUGUCCUAUAGAAAAGUACAAAUAGGCUUAAAUUACUGGAUAUUUCAUGUAGUUUCCCAUCUCUCGUCUGUGUCUGUGAUGUUAAUUUCUUUUGUUGCAUAACAAAAUAAAAGAAUUAUGUAUUUUUAACUAAGGAGAGGCAUACUGGUAUAUCAUUUUACUACAAGCUACACAGCUAACAUGUUGAGCUUGUGCCUUGAUUGUUUUAAAAACUAGUGCAAAUCAAUCUGAUGUUUUAAAUUGGCAGGGGAAAAUGUAGCUUUCAGAUCAUUGGAAGGGGGGAAAGGAUGUCUUUCAGGAUUAUUUUCAUUCUUGUAGUAGUUGAGAUAGAAGUAUUAUUUACUGUAAUGCUGAAUAAAACAGUGGCUUACAAAACAAACUAUAAUGGGAAGAAAAGAACACCAUGCGUUCCAUAUUGUGAUAAGGUAAUGUGGGUUUUUUUCUGGACUAGCCUUUAGAACACUGUUGUGGUUUGUAUGCUACCUUGAUUGUAGGACCCCUAAAUGUGACUAUAGUCAUCUUAAAGGGUAUCUCAUCCACUGUGCUUCUUAUGUAUUAUGAAAGUGAUAAGAAGACAAAUGAAGUGGGUAUAUUUUAUAAAAUAAAUUCAUGAAGAGAUUUGUGUUCUUCAGUUCUCAAGUUUAUUACUCUUACAGUAUUGAAGUAGUCGUGAUACUGUAUCUGUGUGAAAGUAUUUAAGUGAUAAUACCAACUAUCAGACAGAAGUAACACCGGUAUAUUUAAUAGAAAGUGAAAAAAAAAGCCCUACAAAGUUUUAAGAGGUAAAAAUGCACUCACUUGCUUCCUAAUCAAUUUUUCUUGUCAUGUUGCCACAUUUUAUGGCCGCCUUUUCAUUAUUGCUUUAUUAGAUUGUUAUGGAAUAAUGUCUUAUGAGUAAAAGAAUAUCUUUUAGUAUUUUAGAACAUACCAAAUUUAUAAAACACACCCUGCAGCGAAACUUCUCUGGAUGCUUGGCAGCUGCAGCAAAUGAAUUGAGUGUCUGAUUGUAUAUAUUGUGGUCUACAGUUAAUUAUGCAAUCAAAUUCAAUUAUAAUAACCUUAGCUAUAUUUGAAAAUCCAUCCCUGUGUAGGAAGGUAUAUAUCAAAAGAAACCUGUUAAUGAGAUUUCAGAGAACUUGUUCAUGUUACCAUGUGGCACAUGUAUUACUAGGCAGCAUCAUUCCCUAUUUCUAUAAGGUGGCUAUGCUGCAACUUCAACCUCUUACAAAGAAUUUUUUUUUUUCAAAGAAUCCACAUAAUCUGGAGAAAGAAGUGUUUUACUGAGUCUACUUGUGUAAUCUUCAUCUCUUUAAUUGCUUGUUCUUAGGUCUGUCUUUAUCCUUUCUACCCUUCCCAGGACUACCAGAGUAAAUUAAUAAUAAUAGUAACUUCCACUUGCUUUUUCUCUUUUCUCUUAUUCAGUGUCAGACUGUAAAACAACUCAGUGUUGGUGGAGAAGAUGUUUACACAGUAGAGUCAGAGGUCUUUUUUUCCUUUACUUUCAAAUCAUUAAACUGCCUUUGAUAAGUUACAAGAAGGUUUCAGUGCAUGUAUGUACUGGAUUUCAUUUUGUAAAAAUAGCACUAAUCCAGUAAUAUUUCACUGAAAGUAUGCUUUGCAGUGAUACCAAUAGUCUCCUAUUUGCCAGAAUAAAGAACUAUUGUUUUUAGCACUUGGUAGCCCUACACAGUUGGGCUACUGCUUCCUGAACUGCCAACUUUCCCAUCCCUAUCCAUCUACACCUCGUGUGAACACUCUUCUGAUUGUACUUACAUGUACAGAAUGUUUGAACAUUCUGGUCAACCCCAGUAGUUCUCAGAGAUUUUCUCUAAUUAUUUAUCUCACCAGACCUGUAUUUCCAGGAUGUCUUUCUGGUACCUCAAAGUCAAUACAGUACAGAACAGUACCUAUAAUUCUUAAUCUUCUUAAUCUUCUAUCUCCUAGCCAGUUCUUGUUGCUUCCUUUAAAACUGUCAACUUGGGGGAGUGGGGACGUGGAUUAGUAGGUAAAGGUAAUCGUUAUACAAAAGUUGAUGACCUGAAUAUUCUCCCCAGACUUCAUAUAAACAUGGAAGGAUUGAAAACUCCACAAGGUUGUCUUCUGACCUUACCACAUAUGCCAUGGCUUUUGCUGUCUCCAACGCUUGCACAGUUUAUGCAUAUAUAUAUAUAUAUAUAUAUAUAUAUAUAUAUAUAUAUGUAUGUACAUACAUACAUGGAUAAUACAUUAAAUUAUUUUAAGGUUUCAUCUUUAUCAUAGUUAUGAAUUCUCUCAUCCCUCACAUUGUUAUAGAUUGUCAGUUAUUUUCUCUCAAGCAUAUUCUGUUAACUUUAUUUUACUUGGGUUAUCUCCCCAACUCUUAACUACUUCUAAUUCCUUUCAUUCUCCUAAAGCGUAGUUUUUUUUUUUCUUGUUUAAUAUGAUUACUUCCCCUUUGAAUAAAACUACUGCCCUGUACAGAUCGAUUACUGCAUAAUUUUCUAGUGUCUCUUCUACAUCCCUACUCAGCAUCCCUUUCCUUAGGCUUACUUUGUAUAACUCAAAUAUUCUUCAAGUUGGAAAUUUUAAAAGUAUGCUCAUGAAGACUUCUGUUAGCUGCGGUAUGCUUCCAUAGUAUAAUAGUAGCCUGCAUAUUUAUGGUGCACAGCCUGAUGGGUCACAUUUAUUGGAACAGUGUGUGUUUAUGUGUGUGUGUAUGAAUACACACACACACACACACACACACACACAUUUCCUGAAGAGAUUUUCUAUAAUCACAGAAUCAUAUCAGCCAGCUGAAAAGGAGGUCAGAGAAUUUGAAAAGACUAAUUGAAAGCAAGAUGUUUUUGUAACUCUACAUUCUGUCUUCUGGUACACUCUGGCAAUCAUGAGCCACCUUUAUGCCCCUCACACUCUUCCCUUAUUCUAGCUAACAUGGCAGCUGGUACAUUAAGUCAUUCUGCUAUUUCUAAUACCCCAGAUUGUCAUGGAACGAUCCUUCAGAUGCUGUUCUCCGUAAAUGUAUAUGAGUCAAAUUUACAUUGCAAGUCAAAAUUCUGUAAAUUCUGAUGAGAAGUUUCAGUGACUGUCAAGUACUGUGCAUGGUCCUGCAUUUUCCCAAAAUAGGUCAGUCACUGUAACGUGGAAGGUUAUACACCUUACCAAAGCUCAUAUAGCGAGGAAAAAGGAUGACUGCUGGUAUGGGUAGGCCCACAUGACCACAUAAAAUUUGUCAUCUUACACUUGAAAAAAAAAAAUCAAACAUAAAAUUAAGAUUCUUAGGCUGACAUGCAUGGGACCUGGGCUUAAUAUCCAGAUUAUUUUCCAUUCCUCAGAAAUUUAUAGAAAAUGAUGUGGAAUGUAUCUUGAAAAUAGUACACAUUGGAUGAUGCUAUAGCCUUCAGUCAGAUGACUCUGGAUUUUAGUUUUGGCCCAAUAAUUCCUUUGAUGUGAAUUAUGCCCACUCCUACCUUAUUUCUGGUUGUGUGGUUUCAAUGAAAUGACCAUGGAGAUGGUAGAUAACAUUUUGGAAAAUAUCCUGAGAGCAGUUCUCCUAACAUUUGCUUGUUAACUAAAAGAAAAAUACCAGGAUAUUGGAGAUGUCUGUAAUAAGGACAUUUGGAAAAGUUGACCUUAUUUCAUCAACCUUUAAGUGGAAGAGAUGUGCUUUCCCUCAUCUUUGAGAUACAAUUCAUGUAGUAUAAAAGUCACCAUUUUAAAAAGUAAAAUUUGUGGUUAUAGUAUAUUCACAAAAUUGUGAAAUUGUCUUUAUCUAAUUCCAGAGUAUUUUCAUCACUGUAAAGUUUUUGUACCUAUUAGGAGUGACUGUUCAUAAGCCCAGCCCCUGACAACUACUCAUCUACUUAUGCCUAUGAAUUUUCCUGUUUUGGACAUUUUAUGUUAAUGGACUCAUACAAUAUGUGGCCUUUUUUGUCUUGUUUACUCACUGUCUGUCCCCAGAAUAAUGAGUUCAAAGUGCAUCUCUGUUGUAGCAUGUAUUGGUACUGUUUUUUGUGACCGAAUAUUGUCAUUGAUAUGCUGUUUUGUUUGUUUUGUUUUCAUUUGGUUGUGGAGACUUGUGUUGCUUCUGCUUUUUGCAUAUUAUGAAUACUGCAACUAUGAAUACUUUGUGUACAUGUUAAGUCUUCAUUUCUCUUCUGUCUUGUAACCAUCUUAUGGUUUUAGUUCCUAAAUUCAUGACUUUGAUCCAUUUUUGCAUGUGGUGCAUUGUGGGAUCUACUUCCAUUCUAUAGUAUGUGGAUAUCUAGUAGAACGAACACUAAUUUCUUACAAAGAAUAAUAAUUUCUUUAUGGCUUGGCAUCCUUGUCAAAAAGAAACACAGAUGACCAUAAAUAUGGCUAAUUUUGGACUCUUCAACCUUAUUCCACUGUCUUAUGUGUCUCCUUAUGCCAGUACUGCACUGUUUUAAUUACUGUAAUUCUAUAAUUUUUGAAUUUAGGAUGUGUGAGUCCUCUAACUUUAUUCUACAUCAAGAUCAUUUAUAGGGUCCCUUGCAUGCCACAUGGAUUUUAGGAUUCAUCUAUUAAAUUCUGCAAAGCAGGCACCUGUGAUUUUUAUAGUUUUUGUGUUGAAUCGAUACAUCAGAUUGAAGUAUGUUGGUACUUUAACAGUAUUAAAUUUUUAAUUCAUAAACAUGGAGUGUCUUUCCAUUUAGGUCUAUUUUUUUUAAUGCUGUUUUAUAGAUUUAAGUGUAUACAUCUUGACUCUUCAGAUUAAAUAUUUUUCAAAGAUGUUCUUCUUGAUGCUAUUGCAAACAAUUUUUUUCUAUUUUUUUAGAUUAUUCAUUGCUAGCAUCUAGAAAGAACAGAUUUUUGUGUAUUGACUUUGUAUACUUAGCUAUUUUAAGCUGAUUCUGUUUUAUUUUAUUAUCAUGAUUUGUAUACAAGAUUGUGAAUCUGUGAAUAUAAAUACCUUUAUUUCCUUUCCAAUCUGGAUUCUUUUUAUUUGAUUUUUCUGCCUAAGUGCCCUAGCUAGCAUAUCCAGUAUAAUAUUAAAUAGAAGUGACAAGAGUGGACAUCUUUUUCUUGUUCCUGAUUUUACGGUGAAAGCCUUAUGUCUUUCACCAUUAAAUAUGAUGUUAGCUGUGGGUUUUUCAUAGAUGCUGCAAAUAGAGGAAAUUUCAUCUAUUCCUACUUUACUGAAUGUUUUUUUAUGAAAAAAAAAAAGAGGUAUUGAAUUUUGUCAAAUGCUUCUGUAUCUAUUAAGGUUGUCAUGUAGUUUCUGUCCUUGAUUCUAUUGAUAUGUUGUAUUACAUUGAUAGAUUUUUGUAUAUUGAACGAACCUUGCAUUUCCUGGAAUAACCCCACUUGUCUAUGCUACAUAAACCAUUUUCUAUGCUGCUGGA